AUGUUGUAUCGCGUUUACUACACAGAAGAUAUCAACGCCCCAUUAACUGAAUGGAAUGUGAAGUUGGUGCAAGUCGACUCAGCUCUAAUCCAAUCAGAUGUCAGCGAGAGUGCAGGAACUCUUACACUGCUAACUCAUCUCCGAUCCAAUGCCACUUACCACAUUCGAAUCAGUGCUGCGAACAUCAAAGGUGAUGGACCCAUUUCGUCUCCGUAUGCUGUUAUUGUUAGACCUGGGGCUCUGCCUUCACCUGUGAACUUCAAAGCCGUUUCCAAAUCAGCGCAUGAGGUUUCUCUCCACUGGCAAACUCCGGAAACUCAACAGCGAGGUCCGCCGUUGGUCAACUACGAGCUUUUAGUCACCCCAAUAGACGGAGAUGGAAAUACCGACUCCACAUCUCGACGAAUUUUCAUUGAACCCAGUUUGAACAGCUAUUUGGUGAAUGCUUUGCUUCCCAAUACAAAAUAUGAAUUUCGUUUAGCCGCGGUAUCUGAAAGUGGAGCCGGAAUUCCAUCUGAAGCCACGGCAAAAACCAAGGAAUAUGUUCCCGGUCCACCAAAUAGAGUUACUGUUGAGGCCACUGGAAGCGAUCGAUUAAAAGUCACAUGGACACCACCGAAAGAAGCAAUAUCUCCUUCCCUAUUGGCUAGUAUGGGUCAACGUGCUAAUGAACUUCGAAUAGCCUACUACGACGUCGAUGUUCGAGCUACCGAUGCAAAGGGUAACUGGUUGAGCGGCACUCACUAUGGAACAGUUGAACAACAACGACCAAUCAGACAACAGUCCACCUCAGAUCAAAAAAUUGAGGAAGCCAGAGGAAAGCUGACUUACUCGAAAGAAAUAAGCGGACUCCUUCCAAGCACUCAUUACGUCGUGCACAUCAGAGCAGUUUCGAGAUCUGGAUCAGGAGAUAGAGCCAAGUCAAGUCCCACUAUGACUUGGCCUUUGCCCCCUCUUAGGCCAACCAAUCUAAAGCUUCGUACCAUCGUUUCCCCGUCUUCAAGACAUCGAAUAAUUCAGGUUCAUUGGAAGCCUCCUAUGCAGGAAAAGAUUCCAGUUGGUGGAUUCAAAUAUCGUGUCCAAUGGAGAUUGCUGAUUUCACCAAAAAUGAUCCGAAAGUCCACUGAUCUCCAACGUUAUCGACGUGAGUUUGAUAACGCGGACUUGGAGCCGAUUACUUCAGAGCAGGCCAAGGAAUUGGGUAUUGCAGAGGAGUUUAUAGGUGAUGAAGAAAAUGUAACGAAACUUAAUUGGAAUUCACCACCUGGGAAGCUCCUUGGUGGAUUGUCCUAUGAAAUCAGGGUGGCAACAAUGGAUGAAUAUCAAACUGGGGAAAGCGUAAUCGGAAGAAUUGAACUUCCAGAUGAUGUCCCUUCUUUGCCACCUUCUGGUGUUCGAAUUGACACUACAUCCCCAUACCUCCUACUUUACUGGAAGGCUCCUCUCCUAGAAGCAAGAAAUGGACGCCUGGUUGCCUACGAGGCAGAAUGCUCUUGGACUGAUGUCUCUCAGGGUUUCACUGAGUCCUGGCAAACCAAUUCCGUUAAGAUUGAACCAGAAAGUCCAGUUCCUUCGACCCUUUUCUGGUCAGCAGGACACAUAUCUUUGUUGAAUAUGUCAGCUCCGACUGUUGCAUCAUUCGGAACUAUUUACCGAGGAAGGGUUCGAGCUUGGACUUCGAUUGGUCCAGGCCCUUGGUCUGAAUAUGAGUCCUUGAGCUUGAAAAGUCUUCUUCCAAAGGAACCAGAUUCUGUGAAUGCAGUCUUGAUUGAGAAGAAAGGUGUUCUAGUGACAUGGGGAAUACCAGAUGGAUUCAUCCAAACCUCCUUUCAUCGCAGCAAUUCACGAGGUAAACCUGAAGUGAGGUCACUAACCUAUCGGCGGUUUGAAGUCGAGUACGCGAAGCAACAAGCCAUCGGAGAGCAAAUGAACUGGCAGAGCUUCCAUACCGCAGGACCCCAAACUAGCAUCACUCUGCCAAUAUUCGAGAAUCCGGAGCAGUAUGUAGUACGAGUUCGCUCAAUCGGUAUUGCAAACUUGCACAGCGAUUGGACAUCCCCAAUUCUGAUACGAAGGGCUCAUCCCAUUGGUACUGCCGUUAUUGACGAUCUGAAAUGUCACGCCGUAGCUGGGGAUGGCAAGAAUGCCGAAUUAGAAUUGACAUGGAUUAUAUUUUUAAACAAAAAUUCCGACUUUGCCUUCUUAUUUGAAAUCGGCAAUGACUUAGUUGCCAACCUAAUAAAACUUUGUGAUUCUUUGGGUAAACAUAUUUUUUCCUUUCAGGUCAAUUAUACCGGAGGAAGAGUUUAUCUUAACUCUAAAGGUCAUCGAAUUCGCGAAACACAGGGUGAACGAGAACAAUCAGUUAUAUCUCCCGAUUCCUCUUACAGGAUGAUCGUCCAUCGCCUGGUCGGACUGAAGUUCAAUACUGCCUAUCAGAUCAAUGUUCUUCCUGUAUUCGAACGCACUGCACAAUUCGGAAUGUAUAGUGAGGCAAAAUCUGCCUUCUGUAGGACCCUUUCAAAACCUCCUAGAUAUAUCCCCAUGCCUGAUUUCCGUCCGCCAAUGGGUGUAAUCCCUGGAGAAGUAACCGUGUAUAGAGCGAAUGAGCAGAAUGGCACCGUCACCACAUAUGAACUACUUGCUAGAGAAUCUGGCACUCCUGAAAAUGCUCAUGCCCCUGCUGUACUUGCUCAGUUUCCUGCUGUUACGCUAUUCAGACCACUCACGAAAGCUGUUCGUAUCGUUCUGAACGGAUCGACAUCAAACCUGGGACGGGACAGUGGCUUAUUCUUUGCUCCUUCACUUUUGUCUGGCCAAGCCUAUGAUAUUGCUGUUCGUGCUUGUGUUGAAGGCCAUGAUGCCUUUGGAUCAGAAAUAGAUGUUCUUCGAAAUGGUGGUUUAGAUACAGCCUCCCCUUGUUCAACAAGCGAUUGGUCAGGUCCUGGAGCACAAGAUUCAACUAAGCCCGACCCGGAUCAAUCAGAAUUAGAGAAUCUGGCUGACCUAGAAGAUGAUCCAAUCUGGCCACCAAUUAUUCGGGAGAACAUAAGCGCAAUGGUUACUUCCCCGCAAACGCCGUUCAAUGAUGCUGCUACAGUUUCAAAAUCUGGAGACCAAGAUCCAUCCUCCACUGAAGUCUACUUUCCCUCAACGAAUCUAAUAGCUGAAUCGAUUUUAUCAACUCCAACACUUUCAGAACCUAACUUUUAUAAUCACAGAGAUCGAAUUCAGGUUAUCGUUGCAGCACUAUCAGUAGUAAUAGGAACCUGCAUUAUGGCUUUCAUUUUCUUUCUCAUUGCUCGGCAUUUUCAGAAGCGAAACCAACACCGACAUCUUGGAAACGGGGCUAAACUCAGUGGAAGUACUGUAAAACCCCUUGAAACUUCAGGAUCAGCCGCACCGGUGAAAGCAAUGAAUAUUAGGGGUGUGGGAACAUUUUCAUCGGCUACUGCACCCCUUUUGCGAUAUGAGCCUAUGGGAAGGGGACUGCGAACACCCGAUGGUCUAUCACUGCAUUCCGAACAGAUGAUUGGUGGAUGUAGUUCAUCGUUAAGACGAUAUAAUGGAGGACUUGCUGCGGCAAUGACUUUACCUGCCUCUAUAACUGGAGGCACUAUUGAUGGUCCAUAUGCCUGUUCGUCACCGGUGAAUGGAAUUAAUUCAAUGGAGAUGGUUUCUCCUGCGGGAACGCUGAAUUCUAGACACCCACCUCCGCCGUAUUUCAUGCAUUUACCUGCUCCUGUUAUACCUGGCAUCAUAGAUGAGCAUAGUGCAUCUCAUUCAGUCGCUCUCGAAGACUUAGCAAAGCACGUGGAGCAGUUGAAACAAAAUCAGGGGCUUCUACUCUCUUCCGAAUUCGAAUCUAUCGACCCUGGUGGCCAAUUCACUUGGGAACACUCCAGCCGUCCUGCAAAUCGACCCAAAAAUCGAUAUGCCAAUGUUGUCACUUAUGAUCAUUCGCGUGUUAUACUCAGUCGUGUCGACGGUGAUAUGGAUAGUGAUUAUAUUAAUGCCAAUUUUUUGACUGGUUACAAUCACAAAUGCUCAUACAUUGCCACACAGGGACCUCUCCCGAAUACCAUUUGUGACUUCUGGCGUAUGAUAUGGGAGCAGCAUUGUAGCACUAUAGUAGCAAUGACCCGAUUGGAAGAAAGAGAUCGUGUUAAGUGCGAGCAGUAUUGGCCAACCAGUUGUCUACCAACCAAUGCACUUCUUAGCCCAACCAAGAGCGCUGAUUGGUUAUCACCAAGGUCAACCUUAACUUCAAACUCAGAAAGUUCUCAAAACGUUGGUUCAGUGGGUGGUUCCCCGAUAGCGACCACAACUUAUGGACAAAUUACUGUCAGUUUGAUGGAAUCUGUUGAGCUGGCUUAUUAUACCAUCAGAACUUUCACAGUGCAAAAGAGCGGAUGCAGAGAAAAGCGCGAUGUCCGCCAGCUACAGUUCACUGCAUGGCCAGAUCAUGGAGUUCCCAACCACCCAGCUCCUCUUUUAAUGUUCCUGAGACGAGUGAACGCUGAAUUUGUACCAGAAGCUGGACCAAUAGUCGUUCACUGUUCUGCAGGAGUUGGUCGUACAGGAGCAUACAUCGUUUUGGACAUCCUUCUUCAACAAAUGCAUCACGAGAAUGCCGUGGACGUUCUCUCUGUGGUAACGCAACUUCGUAGUCAACGGAACUUCAUCGUCCAAACUGAGGAACAAUAUGUGUUUAUCUACGAGGCAUUACUUGAAGCAGCUUUAAGUGGAAAUACAGAACUACCAGCACGGCAGUUACGAGGACACUGGCACAAACUCAUGGUUCCUUGUUGUCCUGAAGACGAACUUCUACAAACACAAAAUUCAGAUUCGGAUCCUCUAGCGAAUACAGGUUUGGCUCUGGAGUUUGAUCAACUGGUAAAUCAGACUGUUGGACCUGUAGCGUCACUUGUUGCGCAUCAAUCCCCCGGAGGACUUCUGGCUUGCGGAGAUGACUACUGUGAUACUUCCGGAGAUAUUGCAAGUGGCGCUAUUUCGGUUAAUAUUCCGAAGAAUCGUGGAGGUUUUGAAGUCAUUCCUUGUGAAAGCAAUCGAGUAAAACUCUCCCCGAUUCGUGGUGUCGAGGGUUCUGACUAUAUCAACGCUUCCUAUAUUGACAGCUAUCGUCUGAGGUCAGCAUUUAUUGCAACACAAACGCCAUUUCCAGCAUUCGUUGAAGAUUUCUGGCGUAUGAUCUGGGAAUCGGGUUCCUGUAUCAUCGUUCAACUCGAUCCUUACGAUUUCGAUAAAGAGCCACCCUAUUGGCCAACUGAAGAAGCCGCAAGAUAUGGAUUCUUGGUUGCUGAACCUCUUGCAACCUAUGAUAUGACAGUCUAUGUAUUAAGAGAGUUUCGACUCACUGAUGCUAAGAGUGGUCAAUCUCGAAUAAUCAGACUAUUCGAGGCUUCACAGCUUUCUCUGCUGAUUGGACGAGUGCUGGUCUCAUCCCGACAUUUGAACCGAGAUCCAAGUGAUGUAACACUACCACCGUCUCUUCCACCAUUAGCUGAAUGGUUACCUAAUCGUUUGUCAUCCAAUAAUACCCCCAGUUUUGGAUUCAUGAGUGGUGGAAAUAAUUACUAUCGUUCUACGUCAAGUGAUUCGCAAAAGAAGAAUGUGUUUGAUGAACUAACUUGCCAGAAAGCUGCCGUUAAUCUCAUUGACCUGAUUGAACAAGUGCAUAAAACCCAAGAACAAUUUGGGUUGGAGGGUCCAAUUACUGUUCACUGCAGAACGGGUACCGGUUAUACGGGUAUUUUCCUGAUGCUCUCAAUACUUUUUGAACGUAUGCGAAUCGAAGGUGUUGUGGACGCUUUUCAGACAACGAAACUGCUGUGGUGGCAGCGACGUGGUCUUGUAGAAUCCUCCACAGAAUAUGCCUUCUGUUAUGCCACAGCAUUAGAGUACUUGAGUCUUUAUGAACCCCUUCCAAACACCCAACUUGCUACAAAUCCCCCUUCUUCAAAUCUCUCCUAA